AUGGACCUGACCAGCUGGCCGCAGGUUGUCGCUAUCAAUCAGAAAAACUACUAUACUGACUACUUGAAACGAGACGACCAGUUCCUCGCAUACCGGUUACAAAAUGAAGAAAACCGAAACCGCAUGGCAAAGGCGGCUAAGGAACGGGAUAGGGCCCUUGCUAUGUCAAAGCAGAAUGAGUUGCCGCUGCCAGAGGAGGAGGCAGACCAAGACACCACCAUGGGAGAGGCAGGAAAUGAGGAGGAAGAGGCAGUGGCUGGCUCAAAGACCAUCGUAGUGCACGUUGGAAGUCAGAAUUUGCGCAUAGGUCUUGCAAGUGAUGCCUUGCCAAAGACUAUCCCUAUGGUUAUAGCGCAUAGAUCAGAGAUGAACGAGUCUGAAGAAAAUGGGGGCGAGCCGAAGCCGAAACGCCUGAAAAUGGAUGACGGAGAGCUGAUGGAGCCAGAAAAAAUGUUUGGACCUGACUUUGGUACUCUCUAUACAAAUAUGUGCUCUGACCUGAAAGCACGUAUGCGCCAAAACAAACGGAGAACUCUACCGAAUUCCAAGGAGAUGGUGGUAAAUUACAACCGACGAACACCGCCGGAAACCAUAUCCGAGCACAAUGAUGCAAUGAGGGUCGAAUGGACUGAAAUACCUAGCAAUCCUAAUCUUGCUCCUCCCUAUGUGGUUGGGGAGGCCGCAUUGAGGAUCCCGGAUCUCUCUAUACCCCGAUAUAAGCUCUACUGGCCAUUACGGAAUGGUUGGUGUAACGAGAAGGACUACAGCAGCAUAAACUUGCUGUUCUUGGACAUUGCGCGGAUAUUGGAAGAUGCGAUGAAAACCCAACUAAACCUGUCACAAACCAAAGACUGGGGCCAAUAUUCUUGUGUCUUUGUCAUACCCGACCUUUACGAAAAGCUAUACGUCACUCAAAUAUUGGAUACCCUUAUGCGUGAGCUCGGCUUUGGGCGUGUGUGUUUCGUCCAGGAGAGUUUGGCCGGUACAUUCGGUGCUGGGUACACUGCAGCUUGCGUUGUCGACGUUGGUGCGCAAAAGUCGUCGAUAUGCUGCGUGGAAGAAGGGAUGUGUGUUGAAAACUCCCGCGUCAAUUUGAAAUUCGGCGGAUCAGAUGUUACGGAAACGUUUAUAAAGAUGAUGCUAUACGACCACUUCCCCUACGAGGAGAUCAACCUGAACCGGCGAUAUGACUUUUUAUUGGCGGAGGAACUCAAGAAGAAUGUCGCAACUCUUAAUGAAACGAAUGUUUCUGUUCAGGUGUUUGACUUCCAUCUUCGAGUGUCCGGCCAGGACACAAGAAAGUACACAUUCAAAGCGUACGACGAGAUUAUUCUGGCUCCCAUGGGCAUUUUCCAGCCGGAAAUCUUCGAUAACUCACAAAAGAUGAUCGGACGGAGCAAGUUUAUUAAGCGUUCUUUUGAUCUAUAUGACAGACUACCAAACGACCCUACUUCAACUGCUCAGGCUGAAGUUAUAGCCUCUAUUUCGCCUCCACCGGCGACAACCAACAAUGGAACAAGCAUUGAAGGAGCCUUACAGACUAACGGAACAGAUCCUCAAGCUACGCCUAGCCGCGCACAAGCUCAUAAUGUCUUAGGGCGCGUGCAGGAUCUUGACGGAACCCCACGAUCUUCCGCAGCUGGAUCACCUACCCCGGACUCCGCAGCAAAUCAAAACCCCCAAGGUGGUACGUCGACACCUAUCAGGCCCCAAGGCGGUGGUGUACCCAACGCUCCGCAAACUUCCCAAAACAUACCCGUGGUUGAAAUGCGGGACGAUGUCCUGCCAGUAUGGCCACUUGAAGAUGCUGUAUUUACCUCUAUUUCGCACGCUGCUCGCGGUGACCCUCGCAAGUUUAAUGACUUCAUUGGUGGCAUCUUGGUGAUCGGGGGUGGCAGCCUUGUUUCCGGCUUCCAUGCUUUCCUUGAGGAGCGGAUGCAACUCAAGCAUCCUGACCUUGCAAGUCAUAUCAUGGUUGGCACACCACCUCGGGAACUCGACCCACAGGUGGUUGUAUGGAAAGGCGCCAGUGUCUUCGGCAAACUGGACGCAUCAAAUGAAAGCUGGAUCGGUCGGCUAGAAUAUGACCGACUUGGAAGCAGGGUAAUGACUUAUAAAUAUUAUGUAAUACAGGACUCCGGUUCCAAGUUUAUCCGAAAGGCGGUGACGGGACCGGCAGAAUACCAGCUCCUGGUUCACCGCGAAACUACGCAAAAAGCAAAGGCGAAGAAAGACGACGACGAGGAGGAGCUUGCCUUUCUUCCUUCACACAUUUGA